AUGGACCUCAACCUUUCAUCUCUAGUAGCUGUUCUGGCAAUCACAUUGGCCUUCUCACUCUACCUCUAUUCUCUGCUAUGGAAAUCAAGAAGUGUCGUAAGAAAGUUACCACCUCAAGCUGGAGGCGCAUGGCCUAUAAUCGGCCACCUUCACUUAUUAUAUAGAUCAUCAGAGCCACCCCAUUUGGUGUUUGGGAAAUUGGCCGAUAAGUAUGGACCUAUUUUCACUAUAAAGUUUGGAGUGGAGAGACGAGUGAUUGUGAGCAGCUCGGAAAUGGCGAAAGAGUGUUUAAAGACACAAGACAAAGUCUUUUGCAGCCGUGUCAAAUCUAUAGGGCCAGAAAUCCUUGGCUAUAACUAUGCCUGCUUUGCAUUCAGCUCCUACGGCCGCUACUUUCGCGAAAUAAAAAAGAUGGUCAUGCACGAGCUCUUCUCCAACCAGCGCAUCGAGAUGCUCAAACACAUAAGAGAAUCUCAAGUUAAGACAGCGAUCGGAGAGAUAUACGAGUGGUGGACGAAGAACAAGAAGAGUAGUGGUUCAAAUGAGGUGGUGGUGGAGAUGAAAGAAUGGUUUAUGGACAUAAGUCAGAAUGUCAUAUUUAUGAUGAUAUUAGGGCAAAGAUGUUCUGAAGUUACAAAUUACGAAAAGAUGGGAAGAAAGAUUUUCGAUGAUGUUCUUCAUCUGCUUGGGAUUUUGGUGGUUUCAGAUGCGGUUCCUUUCUUGAGGUGGUUGGACUUGGGUGGCCAUGAGAAGGCAAUGAGGAAGAAAUUUAAGGAGGUAGAUCAACUGCUUCAAGGAUGGCUAGAUGAGCAUAAGCAGAAGAGGAAGAUUUCUGGUGGGGUGAAGGGUGAUGAUGAGCGUGACUUCAUGGAUGCCAUGAUUUCAUUUCUUGAUGAUGAUUUGAAAGUUACCAAGGAGUAUGAUGCUGAUACAAUCAACAAAGCUACCUCCUUGGCUCUUCUCUUAGCAGGUGUAGAUGUAACUACAGGAACAUUGACAUGGGCACUCUGUUUACUUCUCAACAACCCUGAAACCCUAAAAAGGGCCCAAGAAGAAUUAGACCAAAAUGUUGGAAGAGAUAGGCAAGUGAAGGAAUCUGACCUCAACAACUUGGUCUAUGUCCACGCGAUUCUCAAAGAAGCAAUGCGUUUAUACCCUCCCGGACCACUUGCAAUGGCCCAUAUGUCCAGAGAAGAUUGCAUUGUAGGAGGCUACCAUAUCCCAGCAAAGACUCCUGUCUUCGUCAACAUUGGAAAGAUCCAACUAGAUCCAAAGCUGUGGCCUGAACCAAAUGAGUUCCGGCCAGAACGAUUUCUAACAACCCACAAGAACAUUGAUUUAAGUGGUCAGGAUUUUGAGUUGCUACCAUUUAGCAGUGGAAGAAGAAUGUGUACAGGGGCAUCUUUGGCCAUGAAGAUGAUGCCGUUGGCACUUGCUUCUUUGCUUCAUGGGUUUGAAAUUGCGACCCCAGGGGAUAAGCCUGUUGACAUGCGUGAGACAAUGGAGUUGACUAACCAUAAAUCCACCCUUCUUGAAGUCCUUGUCACUCCGCGCCUUCCUGCUCAACUAUAUGAGCAUCAUAAAUAA